GAUGUCUCUGACCAAGAUCCCCGCCAUUGUGGCCGCAACACUCGGUGCUUACACGACCGUUAACCCACCUCAGCCCCAGGUGCCUCCAGCUGAGCGUCCUCAGACUGUCGGAACCUAUGAACAGAUUUUCUCCUCGACUUCAAAAGUCCAUGCUCAGGUUUUGAGAUACUCCCUCUGUUCCGCCGGCCUGUUGGAGAUUGCAGUCAUCCUUGCCCGCAACUAUCCCUCUCACCCCUUCUCGCAGCAAAUUCUUCGCGUGCUCGUGCGAGGGUCUGCGAUACUCGCCAGCAGGGCUCGCUUCACCCGCAGUUUUGUGGUAGGCUGCGCUCUCGCGACGCUGGGCGGUCUCCUCCGCAUGUACUGCUACCGUACUCUCGGCCGCUUCUUCACUUUCGAGGUUUCUAUUCGAGACAACCAUCGUCUCGUCACUGAGGGCCCAUAUGCGUAUGUCCGGCACCCCAGCUACACAGCCUGGAUUGCUACCAUGAUCGGGCUGGGAAUCUGCCACGGGUGUCCUGGCUCCUGGAUGAGGGAGUCCGGUCUUUUGGACACUGUGGCUGGCAAGACAGUCAUGGGGCUAUAUGCCUUGUCCAUCUCAUCUGUCACGAUCGGCUUUUUGCGGCGCGCCCCACUGGAAGAUGCCCUCUUGAAGCGCGAAUUCGGGAAGGAAUGGGAGCAGUGGUCGAAACGGGUGCCGUACAGGAUGAUACCUUUCGUCUGGUAGAGCUGUUGAGAAAGCUCAGCACACUACUCGCGAGGGUUUCACGAAAGGCUAUCCGAAAUAAAAUUGACAGGCUGAGCCGAAGCCCUCGGCAUCGGUUGACUCUAUCCCUCUCUCACAGUAUGUACGAACGUGUCCGACCUGAACUGCCAGGGUUUCUGUUAUAAGUGGGAUUAUUUGUCAGUAUGCACACGAGACUGUAAUUGAUAAUCCUCGCAGU